CUUCGCCUUGUUCCCAUAAUGGUCCUGCCAUCCCUCCGCCCUUCACUGGGCUUUAUGGCUGCCGGGUCCCUCCUGGCGCCGUCCUUCCUCAGCUCUGGACCUGGGUUCACGCGGGUCCCUUCCUCUGCGGUGUCUUUCUCCCCUGACAUCAUGGCAAAUCCACUCUCUCCCCUCAAGGCCCGGCUCCAAAGUCAGGUGCAAGCCCAUCCUCCCCGCCCCGCCCCGCCAUCCACACACCGCGGGCUCUGGGAGAGCCCCUGUCCCACUCAAGUGCACUCAGCUAUGUCCCUGCCACCAGUGUGGCCCUUUUCUGCCUUGGGUCUGAUGUCCAUCUCCCCAGAGGAGGGACCAUUCUCUGCCGCAUCUGUGGGUCCCAGAGGCAGCAGGGGGCUGAGCGAGGCAGGCUGGAUGUGGGGCUUGGAAACCAGACAUGGAUGUUGCCCUUGUGACACGGCCUCGGAGCCCUCUCGGCACCCAGGAGGCAGAAUAGGGACAAGCCAUUCACGAGGAGGGGGCCUCCCCUCCCAGACCGCCCAGGUCCCCAGCUCCCACCUCACACAGCCCAUCCAGGAGCCAGAGCCGGAGCCACGUGUGACCACCAGCCCCACUUGGUCUUUCAGUGGAGCGGGACCGUGCCCUGAGCCACCAGGAGCCCCACUGGAAGGAGUUCCGCUUUGACCUGACCCAGAUCCCGGCGGGGGAGGCGGUCACAGCCGCGGAGUUCCGGAUUUACAAGCUGCCCAGCACCCACCCGCUCAAUCAGACCCUCCACGUCAGCAUGUUCGAGGUGGUCCCCGAGCAGUCCAACAGGGAGUCUGACUUGUUCUUUUUGGAUCUUCAGACGCUCCGAUCUGGGGACGAGGGCUGGCUGGUGUUGGACAUGACAGCAGCCAGUGACCGCUGGCUCUUGAACCGUAGCAAGGACCUGGGACUCCGGCUCUAUGUGGAAACAGAUGAUGGGCGCAGCGUGGAUCCUGGCCUGGCCGGUCUGCUGGGGCGACAGGCCCCACGCUCCAAACAGCCUUUCGUGGUCACCUUUUUCAGGGCGAGCCCAGGCCCUGUCCGUGCCCCUCGGGCGGUGAGACCCCUGAGGAGGAGGCCGCCGAAGAGAAGCAACGAGCUGCCGCCCCCGAACAAACUGCCUGGGAUCUUCGAUGACGUCCAUGGCUCCCACGGCCGGCAGGUGUGCCGUCGGCACGAGCUCUAUGUCAGCUUCCAGGACCUGGGCUGGCUGGUGCACCUGAUGAAGCCAGACGUGGUCCCCAAGGCGUGCUGCGCGCCCACCAAGCUGAGCGCCACCUCCGUGCUCUACUACGACAGCAGCAACAACGUCAUCCUGCGCAAGCACCGCAACAUGGUGGUCCGGGCCUGUGGCUGCCACUGAGGCCACGCCGGGCCUCAGCGCCGGCCUCCACCUGGUCAGCCCUCCACAGGCUGGGACCCCCCCAACGCCGUCACAGCUCGGGCAGGGGCAGCCCACAUCCCGCCAGGGCCGGUCCUCUCCAGGGCCCCUAGGGUACGUGCCCCUCCCCUGGGGCGUGUGGCAGUCGGUCCCGCCCAACCCUGCUGGGUGAUGCUGAAGUCCCAUCUUAGAACCUGUCCUUGGCCAUCCCUCGCCCACUGUGUCCAACCAGGGACUGUCCGAGAGCCCCUGGGCCUAAGGCGGGAGGCUGGGCUGUGCCCCGCUCCCGGGGGCCCGCCCCUUCCCAACACAACACUGGGCGUUCCCGGGGCACAGUCAGAGGAACACACACCCUCGAUGCAGUGGGUUAGUGGCUCCUAACUUGGCCUUCGGGCAGUCGGCGCAUUAGGAGAGGACCACGGGCCUCCUGCUUCCGGCCGGAGCUGGCGGGGAUGUCUCAUGGUGUGUCUUCCCCUCCCUGGGCCUGCCCUUCUCCUGCCUGGGGAAGAUGUGACACACCCAGGGAAGCUAUGUACCUUGGGGGCAGCCGCGUCCCUCCACCUCUCCGUGUGGCGCUUCGCACUGAGACACAGCGAACUCUUAGCAGAAGCAAGGACAUAGCUGCAGGCCGGCAGACACAGCACAGAUGCCACCACGGCCUGUCCGCUUGCCCAUGGCCAUCAGUCACCCCUGUGGACACUUCUUCCACUGACCUUGGACAGGCCCUGGAAGCGCUCAGCACAGAGCUCCAGGCAGUCGGCAGCUGUUCGGAGUUCAAUGCACUGCUUCCCCCUCCUGCCACACCAAGGACAGCAUGGUGCCCAGGUCGCCUCUGGCCAGCUGCGGGGAGAGGGUGGGCACUGUGUCAGCCAGAGUCCAGGAGGGAAGAACAGGCUGGUCACCCAAGUCUGCGUCACCUUGUGUGCCCAGGAGCCCUGUCCUGUUUCUUGGGGCCUGUGAGCCAAAGAAAGGGCCCCUGUCCCAGGGGAGUGACAGGCGGCAAUUAGGCUGAGCUGGCUGGGGAGGUUCCUGGAAACCACUGUUCUCCUUGGAGCAGCCGCCGGCAGCUGCAGUGUUUAUUUGAUUUCUAACUUGCUAAGCCUGUAAUUUACCUGCAGCUGCCCAAACUGUGCAGUACCCUAUCAUUAAAAGCAGGUCCAGGACCCACCCCAACCCAUGGGCACAGCCCAGGAGGCGCGUCCCAAGGUUGGGCCCUGGGAGCGCAGGUCUGGCAGCAGGAAUGAAGACUGGGCCUCACUUGGGACCAGUUGCCUGCCCCUCCGCUUGGACCUGGGAGGGAAGGUGGUGAGCUCCCAUCAGCCAGGGACUUUGAGCUCAGGCUGGCAGUGAGUGGAUAGGCACUGGCCCAAAUGUCAGGAGACCUGUACUCUGGCUCCAACUCAGUCACUGAGCUGCCCUUCCUGAUCCGGGCUGCAGUUUCCUGCCUCUGCGUGGGGAUAUGCACAGGACUCACGUCUCCAAAGUCCCUUCCAGCCAGAGGAUUCGCUUGCACUGUGGCCUCCCCCUCACAGAGCCGAGACAGGGCCUACGCGCCCAGCCGCCCUGGGACAUGAAGCCUGCCACUUGUGGCCUAGUGAGUAGCUCUCGGCUCCCAACAUCAAGGGCAGUGGAGGCUUGGAAACAGUUGGCAAAUGUCAAUGUCAGGUGUGUUCGGUGCCUAAGCACAUAACCUCGCAUGGUCAGGGGCCAGGAACGUUUGUGAAAUGAAUGUUUUGGAGAUGCGUGCCCAGCCUGCCCAUCGGAGGUGCGGGACAGGAACAUAAGGAUUGUGAUACGACUCCCUUUUGCCGCAAAGCCGAAAGCCUGGUGGCCAUGGCCUUCCUGACACUUCUGGUACCUUCAGCUGUUCAGGUGGCCAGCGGAUGGCAUCAAAGGGAAGAGGCUUCAGAGAAGGGAGGGGAUUAAGGACACAAAGCCGACGAGGUGGCAAUGGUCGGUCAUCAGGGCCAUCUCGUUUAUCUGGUUGCCUCUGGCAGUCUGGGUCACUUUCAAGGCUGCACAUGAGAAGCAUAAAGAAGGGCAGUCAGCUCAGGCCACUGGGGCACACCGCUGUCCGCCCACCCGGUCACACCCUCACCACCGCAGUGCAGUCCUGGCCCUGAUGCCAGCUCAUUGGGCAAAGCCUGAUUCUUUGGGGUCUGCUAUGCAGGGAAGGGGCUGCGAUGCUUCAAGAGAGCCCCUAUAAUUUCACAGGAAAGGAGGCUGUGGCAGGAGAGGUAGGUUCUGCAGCCGGCAGACCUGCUGGCAACGUCCAGGCUCUGCCUCUCGCCGACCUGACCGCCCUGUGUCCUCAGGGCUGGCUCCUUCCUCUGUAGAAGGGGCUAUGGGUUCUGCUCUGGCAAGGCCAGCGUGGGGUCAGGUCUGUCCCUAGCACUUGGCACUGGAUCUGCACACCUGUGCUCAAUGAGUAGCAUUAGGGGCCUUAUUUUUUUUUUUUUUUUUUUUAAUGAAUUUGCACAUUUGGGCCUCCCUUGUGUGCCCUCCUAGUAAAACCCACUCUUCCCAGAAUGUGCCCUUGGAGGUGCUGCUGUAUCUACUUCGAAGCUGUGCUUUUCCUAAAAAAUAAAAACUUGGUAAUCUCCUGAGGUGAGGAGACUUGUGCCCUCCCCUCCCUGUGGAGGGAGUUCCAGCUGGCAGUGACCCACUGCAGGGAUCCGGGCCUCUGCCGAGGACAUGGCAGCGCCGCACCCCCGCCCCUCCCAGGGCCCUGCCUGCCAGCACAGCACCCACCUCGGCUUCAGGAAGCUCCAGGGGAAACUUCCUGGGGUUUCCGUUCUUACUGGGAAGCCCUGACCAAGCAUUUGACCCUCUUUGAAAAACACAAAAAAGUUUUUCUAAUUUACACGUGUGUCAGGGACGCUCUUGAAAGUAAAAAACAGAAUACAAAUACAGAAUCCCACCAUGUAGAGACAGCCAUUGUGAGUAAUUCUGUCCAGUCUUUUCUCCUUGGCACGUAUCCAUCUGCCUUUAUAUAUAAUAUAUGGGUAUUUUAUAAAGUUAGGAUCAUACUCUGUGCACUGCUUGGUGAUGUAUUCAAUCUAUGACACAUUUUGGGCAUUUCUAUUAUUAAAUAUUCUUUGGGAACAUAA